UACACAGGGUCAGUAGAAAAGUCAGUCGCAGCGCCAAUGUCGGCGCCGCGACUGACUUUAACUGUUUACAUGAAGUAAAGUAGUAGUGGUGCGUUUCUCACGGUGAGCACACGUGUGUGAAGUCAGUGGGAAAAAUGAAUUCGCGAAAACAACUGAAACGACGAUUUAAUUAUUUGUUGAAAAAUUUAUCAAUUUUGCUGUUGAAUGAGUUAAUAGAAAUGGUAGAAAAUGAGACAACUAAAAAUAAACGACAAUGGGUAAGAAAAUGGAUUGACGAUAGAAACGAAACUGGUGGCUCUGCUUUGUUGCUGAAGCAAUUGCGAUUUGAAGAUCCUGCGGAGUACAAACUGGCUAUGAGGAUGUCACCACAGAAUUUUGACGAAUUGCUGUCAAUGAUAUCGAGCUCUAUUCAACGACAUGAUACAUUCAUGAGAGAUGCUUUACCAGCCAAAAUUAAACUGGAAAUAACGCUGACAUUUUUGGCUUCAGGAAUGUACUAUCGGUUCCUUAGUCACUUUUAUCGUGUCUCAAAACCAGCAAUUUCUAAACUAAUACCAGAAGUGUGUUGGGCAAUAUAUACGGCACUAAAAACACAUAUUAAGAUUCCAGAACGAGAGGAAGAAUGGAAAAUUAUUGAAGGCGGUUUCAAUACCAAGUGGAAUUUCCCUUCGUGUUAUGGAUGA